AUGCGCUGGAACGAGGACAGAAUGAAGGACUCUGUUCAAGCACCCACUUCCAUGCGCACCUACGGCAGUGUUCUGCAGGAGGCCGUGGAUCGGCUCAGCCAAGCCGUUCUGGGAAAACGUUGGGAUGAGCAGUACCGCAGUCCUGGAGUCUACACAGGUGAAUUGUUGGCCAUGGAGUACCUGUACAGCCAGACUGGCAUAUCACUUACUCCAACGCUCCACAACCAAGAGGAGGAGGACCAGCUGGUGGAGGACAUUGAUGACGAGGACAUUGAGGACGAAGGCUUUGAGGAGGAGACAGAGGACAUCACAGUUCCUGUGCUGACUGACGAUGACCAUGACAUUGAAAGGAGGCCCUCAACCACAAGGCGUCGGGCACCUUCACCACCACCUCUACCAGAACUGCCGUCCACGUCCACGGGUGGAGGUCAGUGUCCAGUUGCUGCUGCCGCCGUUCCGUCCACGUCGGGUCAAGGACUGCACCCUGCUGCUACUGCUGCUGCCACCACUUCAGGGGCUCAGGGCGUCAUCGUUGGACCGGAUGGCAUUCCUGGGUGGGACAAAGUGCAAGAGCUGGCUGCUUACCUGGUGGACCUGCGAGAUGCCGCCUACCUCACUGAGCCACAGGUGACCGAGGUCAUCCAGCUGUGGGCGGCACUCCCAGACAGCGACAAGGAGAGGAUCGACUACCAGCCACGUCACCAGGAGCGGCUGUCGUCUGGUCGAUUCAAGGCACCGAAGUGGUCUGGAGUCACACCGGGUGUGGAGAGCGUCAAGCGCAGCUUGAUAGGUCACCCUGGGGGGCCGGCUCAGUGGCCUGGUACCAGCCGCUUGGUAGACGCCAUGUGCACACGCUUGUGCACUUUGCACAAGUGCACUACCAGGAAGGCCGGUGUUUCCACUCCCAGGUGGACCAGAAUUCUGGAUGAUUACAACCACAUCCGUGACUUGAUCAUCACCAGCCCACGGUUGAUGGCAGAUACAACAAUUCAGUUGUUUCAAAUCAACCAGCGGACACUUAUUCAGUGGUUUCAACAGCGGCUGAAAGGUCAGGAGAUGAGUACACUCACUCAGGGACUGACUCCAGCACCCCAAAUUCCCGUCGCCCCUGCCCAGCUUCCGCAGCCGCAGGAAAAACUGAUCGUCCCUCCUGCAUCAUCUGGGCAACGACAUGAAUUUGUGUUCCCCCCGAAUCUGGAGGGCUGGGCUCCUCUGCUACGCCCAGGCCGUCGCCCCAAAGACCGCCAAGACCGUCCAAUUGCCCCCACCCCACCACCCGUUUUUCCUCUCCCUGCAACAUUAGGCACCAGUGCACUGCCAGUGCCAACUCCCUUCACAUUGGUACAGCUCCCAGCAAUGACUGUUCCUGCACCACCUGUUCCCUUUCUCCAGCUCCCAGCCACGACUUUGGCUGCCUCAACACCUGGUGCAGCCCCAUCUGUACCUGCGCCACCUCCGCCCACUGGCCCGCCGCCUCCUCCCGCUGGCCCACCACCUCCUGUUUCACGGUACACAGAGAGGAACAGGCAUCGGCGAGCCGCUGAAGAGGCCAGUGGUAGUGCGGAGAAAAGAAAAUAUGUAAGGGGUGCGACAUAUAACAUGUGUAGCCAAUGUGGCAAACCCAAGACUAAAGAGUAUGGGCAUAGUCGCUUUGGGAGCGCGACUUUCUGUUCCCAGGCCUCAGGUGGCAAGUCUGUUGAAGAGUGGUUGGAAGAACAGAGAGCUCAAAAGUAG